ACGUCAUGACCGGCGCUGCUCAGACCAGCUCUAGUAGCAUUAUUUUCCCGGAAGCUGCCUUCAGGCGACAGACACGCUUCCGUUCCGGCCCCGCCAGCAGCAGCAAGGAAGGCUCGCUCGAUUGCAGCCUGCGCGUGGCCCUGCUCUAUAAAUGGAGGCCUAGCAGAAACUCGCUCGCUGCCCACCCCACCCCACUUCACCCCAUUCGCAGAUAUUUUCUUCCCCGUCGCCGAGACCCCCUGCUGCGCUCCCCAGCGCCGGCCGAUCCAUCCAUCCAUCCAGGAACCGCAAGGAACGGGAGGAGACGAAGUGGAAGCAUGAGCGCCAUGGCGGUGUCGUCGUCGCUGAACCCGAAUGCGCCGAUUUUCAUCCCGGCGGCGUUCCUGCAGGUGGAGGACUUCUCGCCGCAGUGGUGGGACCUCGUCACCACCACCGCCUGGUUCCGCGACCACUGGUCCCGCCAGCACAGCGACCUCGACGACAUGGCAGAGGAGCUCGACGCCGCGGCCGGCCUCCUGCCCGACGCCUUGGACGACGACGACCUCUUCUUUGACGACCAGCCCGAGCAAACCCUCGCCGUCCAGGCCGCGCAGGCGCAGCAGCCAUCACCAGCCGCUCUCAAGACUUGUACGGGCGCUGUGCUCAAGGCGCUGAACCUGUCUUCCCCGAAGGGCGGUGACGCCCCGCGUGGUUUCCGGGAGAAGCCCAGGCACUCCGAGAAGCCGGCGAAGCACGCUGGCAGCCCGAAGAGCGGUGCACCCCGUGUGAUCCACCAGCCUCGCUAGGUUCGUUCUUACUGGUGGGGAAUUGAGCCCGGCUGCUGACCUGUUGCAGCGUUGCUCAUGGCUGAUGCCAUUGUGCUCUGGUCUUUCAAGUAUCAAGUCUAGUACCGGUAGAAGUAGUAGCAGUAGUGGAAGUGUCCUUUUGUAUAAAAAACAAGUAAAAAAUGACCAAAAAAUAAGAAAAUGUAACUACUGCUUACUGUUGCUCUCUAAGUAAUGUUCAGUUCAGAGUCUCUAGAGAAACCCCAAAACAAGGAAGAGGGUGAAGGUGAAGUCUCAGUGUAGAAUGCGCUCCUGUAAACGUUUGAUGUGCAAUGGCAUGCAGUCUAAUGUUACAAAUUA